GGCGGCCGGCGGGUUGGGGAGGAGCCGCCAGAGAGGAACGUGGAGGGAACGUUGCGCUGGGUGGUGUGGACUCAAGCUGGAACAGGAGUUAGGAUCGACCCGGUGCGAAGAAGGGGCGUGCCCGCGGCAGGGUUCAUUGAAAAAUCCUUAGUGAUAUUGACAUGUUUCAAGUGACAUAAAUUAGCCAAUGACUCGGAAUGAUGGAUUCCCUGAAGAUUGGAAAUGGUUUGCCAGUGAUUGGACAAGGGACUCAUAUAGGGAUAUCUUCACUCCCCGUGGUGGGGUAUUUGGGAAAAAAUUGUGAUUCAGCUAAAGUUACAUCAGAUGAGUAUUGCCCAGCUUGUAGAGAGAAGGGAAAGUUAAAAGCCUUGAAGACUUACCGAAUUAGCUUUCAAGAAUCUAUCUUUUUGUGUGAGGAUCUGCAGUGCAUCUAUCCUUUGGGCUUUAAAUCACUUAAUAACUUAAUUUCUCCUGAUUUGGAAGAUUCUCACAUUCCAAAUAAGGCUCAAAAAAGAAAGAUCUUGGAAACCAGCUAUAAGGAGUCACCUCUUUUAGCAAAUUCCAAAAAGACCAGAAGUCAUAUUGUUGGUGAACAGUCUUUGAGCAGCAAGCAUAAUGGAGAAGCAUGUGGUGAAACCUCAUCAGACUUACCUGAUUUGCUACAAAGUGAUCAACAGAGUCCAAUUAGGGCAGCUGAUUCCGUGGAGCAGAAUGAGAUUUUGGAAACUGAUAUGUUUGACUUGGCUGACAAAGAAGAGGAUCCUUCUCCAGUUGACGCCUCUGGGACCAGGGGAAUGUCCCCUCAAAAUGAAGGAGGCACAUCUGAACUGGAAAUGCCGUUGGAAAGCAAACGUCCAUCAUUUGGCCAGACGUUAUAUGUACAGUGGAAAAACGCUUAUGCUCUCUGUUGGUUGGACUGCAUCCUCUCGGCAGUGGUGCACUUGGAAGGGUUAAAAAGCACUGUGGCUGAGCUGUGUUCUAAAGAGGAAUCUGUAAUCUGGCGGUUGUUUACAAAAUAUAAUCAGGCAAAUGGGCUUCUGUGCACCAGUCGAUUGGAUGGAGUUAAAGAUGGGGAUUGUAAAAAACUUACUUCAGAAAUAUUUGCGAAGGUAGAGACCUGUCUGAAUGAAGUCAGAGAUGAGAUUUUCAUUAGGCUUCAACCCCAGCUUAGAUGCACAUUAGGUGAUACGGAAAGUCCUGUGUUUGCAUUUCCCCUGCUCUUAAAAAUAGAACCUCGCAUUGAAAAGCUCUUCAUGUAUUCUUUUUCUUGGACCUUUGAAUGUUCACUUUGUGGACACAAGUAUCAAAACAGGUGUGUGAAGAAUCUGGUCACUUUCAUGAAUGUCGUCCCCGAGUGGCAUCCCCUUAAUGCUGCCCAUUUUGGACCAUGUAACAACUGCAGCAAUAAAUCCCAGAUGCGGAAAAUGGUAUUGGAAAAACUAGCCCCCGUAUUCAUGCUGCACUUUGUAGAAGGCUUACCACACAGUGACUUGCAGCGGUAUUCAUUUCAUUUCCAAGGCUCUCCUUAUCAAGUAACUUCCGUAAUUCAGUACCAAGCAAAUAAUCAUUUCGUCACAUGGAAUUUAGGCGCUGAUGGAUGCUGGCUGGAAUGUGAUGACUUGAAAGGCCUGUGUUCUGAGAGGCAUGAGAAAUUUGAAGUUCCUGCUUCGGAGAUUCAUAUUGUUAUUUGGGAGAGAAAAACAUCCCAAAUGGCAGAUAAAGCAGCUGCCUGCCUUCUGCCUAAAAAGACGAAUGACCAGCAUGCCUUUGAUGGCGGAACACCAGCGUCUCCGGCAUCAUCUUCUGCGGGGGAGCCUUCCUCCACUGGCGCGUCCUCCGCCACUUGCGCCCCACGUGGGUCAGAUGCUUCAAACACUCUUCCGCAAAAUGAAGCUGAGGCUCAUGGAGAUCAUUUACUUUCAGGUCCAGAAGGUUUGGCUGACAGUCAUUUUAUAACAUUGACACUGGAAGAAAUACAGGUUGACCCUGAAGGUCUCCUAACAGAAGGUAAACCUGUGGGAGAAAAUAAAGGAGUUGUCACAACAAAUACAUCGCAAUCAGAGGAAUCACCAGUGGCUUCUGUGGUGUCAGCUUUACACAAGGAAGAGCUUAUCCAAGACCAAAUUGUGGAUUUCGGCUUGCCAUCUCCCAUUGUAGGUACAAACACGCAGUCAACACAGCUGAAUACAGAAGGCGCUGCAGAUGCCACGUCUGUGACCAGCGUUUGUGCUCCUGAUCUUAUCCAAGGGAUAACGUCUGUGGAAGUGGAGGGUGCAUUUGUCCCAGAAAAGAACAUUAGGUUAAGACUAUUCCUUUCACCCCAAACUGAGACAUUAACCCCAGAACAACAUGUUGCCUCUCAGGAGGUAUCUAAUUUAAAGAAAGAAACUGUGGCAGAUUCACAAGUCACAACAGCUAAGGCAUUGCAGAGUCAGUCUCAGAAAGAAAGUCAGAAGAAACCGUUUGUGGGAAGUUGGGUUAAAGGCUUAUUAAGCAGAGGUGCUUCUUUUAUGCCACCUUGUGUCUCAGCUCACAAGAGAAACACUGUAACUGAUUUGCAGUCUUCAAUUAAAGGGGCAAGGAAUUUUGGUGGCUUUAAGACUAAAGGUGUAAACCCCAAAGCUAACCGGGUAUCCAGGAAGUCGCAUAGAUGUAAGCCUCCCCCAGUUAGUGAUGCUCCCCCAAGUAAUGCAUCUUCAGACAGCACAGCAUCUCGUCUGCACGCCGGCAUGAGUGCUGAGUCGGAAGUUUUGGAGAAGUGUAAAAACACCUCAUACGGAGCUCACCUCAGUCACAGUUCUCAUGGAAAUGGAAAUGGUGUUUCUUCAGCAAACCAUGGAGACUCAGUUGAUGGCCAGAUUCAUAAACUUCGUCUAAAACUUCUUAAAAAACUUAAGGCAAAAAAGAAGAAACUAGCUGCUCUUAUGUCUUCUCCCCAGAAUGGACCACUUCCAAGUGAAAAUUUAGAAGACGCAUCCCAUUGUGGGUCUCCAAAUGAUUGUGAGUCGAUAGAAGACUUGUUAAGUGAACUACAAUAUCAAAUUGAUAUUGCAGAUAAUAAAUCUGGAAGCACCACAAUUUCUAAUGUUUCCUCAUACAGUAAUCAGACUCAUGAAGAAAUUUUAGCAGAAUUAUUGUCUCCUACAACUCUUGUUUCGACAGAGCUCCCAGAAAACGGAGAUGCUGACUUUAGGUAUUUGGAAAUGGGAGAUAACCAUGUCCCAGCACCAAUACCUAAUGAAUCAAACAGUAGUCCCCCAAACCUACAAUUGAGUCAGGAUCACAAUUACUGUAGCCCCACCAAGAAAAAUCAGUGUGACGUUCAGGCAGACCCACUAACAAAUAAUUCCUGCACUAGAGCGUUAAACUUGGAGAGUUCCACGAAGACUGAUAUUUUUGACGAGUUUUUUUCCACCUCAGAGUUAAAUUCUUUAGCAAAUGACACAUUAGACUUACCUCAUUUUGAUGAAUAUCUGUUUGAGACUUGUUGAAUGCUUGUUAAUUCUUUUUCAUUUAUUUAUUAUUGCUCUUGAAAAACUUGUUAUGUUUUUAGAUAGUGUGUAUACACUGGCCUUGUCUGAAAACUAUGAACAAAAUAUAAGCUACUGAGGGUUUUUUUUUAACUUUUGGUUCUACCAAUUCUAUAUAAUAAUAUAUAUAUUAUUAUAUAUUAUUAUAUAUAAUUAUAUAUAUUAUAUAUAUAAUAAUAUAAUUGGUUUUACACAUUAAAAUUAUCAGACAUUUGUCUUCCUUUUUUGGCUUUGUUUUGUACUUAUAGAAGAAUGAGAGUUUCAAAACAUUAAAAAUGAAAAGUAUUACCUAGUUUCUGGCAAGUCGUACCUUCGGGGUAUUAAGUUUUGGGGUGGGUGGGUUAUACUGGUUUGGUUACAAAGUUUAAUUUUGAUUAUAUUGAUUCAGAAAAACACUUACAGAAUUAAGGCUUUGCAGACAGAAUGUGAAUGUGUAUUUGUUUUGGUAAUGGUUCUGAGGCCUUAGAUAAGACACUAAGCCUGUUUCUUAGACCAGUCGAGUGUCAUGGAGUGUAGACUUCUCCCAUACAAUUUGUCUCCUUUUUCUCUUCUCACAAAGGAUGGCAGGAAACCUUAUUAAAACUUUGAGUGAUGUUAAGUGAUUGUUCAAUAAAUGAUCUGUAACUGAGAAAA